ACUGGAUUCCAAAAAAUUCCUCCUGCUUUAUUUCAGCAGGAGUUAACAGCUCGUUGAUAAACUCUCUCUGAGGCGGAACUGAAGAAACUUUACAGCAAAUAUUCACAUAUUUACCUUAAACUAGCGAUGUGCUUUUUGUGCCGAGGCUUCGGGGCGAGUGUGGAGUAAUCAUUCACAGAGUUGGAAGAAAUAACCGUCCGAGGAAAAGAUGGAGGAUCAUCGCAGACUGCUGGAUUUUACCCGGACACCGAAGAUCAUCUUACACCGGAUAGAUCCCCAUCAAUGCUGCGUGUGUAAAGAGGACGGGGUUCUCAAUGAGCUCGGCAACCAGGAGGGGAACUCCACUUUAGAACAAGAGGAACCAGAACAUCAACAGCUCAAAGAGAAGCAACUCUGCAUCAGUCAGGAUGAAGAGCAGCUUGUGCUGAAACAGGAGACUGAUGACACUUUGGUGAAUCCUUCUACUGUGCAGAGAAUUCACAAAGAAACAGAACCACAGAGGAACCAACUAAUCUCUUCUGAUUCUUCUGAAGAUGAGAAUCAGGAUCAGGAAGGGAGCAAAUCCGAGGACUCAGGAAAAAAGAGACAUGAAAAACAUAAAAGUCGGAGAUAUCAGAGAACCAAACAGCAGAAAGGUAAAACUGAGAGUUCAAAACAGAAAACGCACAAGAAAGCUCAUCCAGAGCAAAAACAAUAUUCUUGUAAAAUCUGUGAUAAAGCCUUUUCUCAAAGCAGUUCCUUGACAACACACAUGAGAACUCACACUGACAAACUGUUCACAUGUUCAGCUUGUGGAAAAAGCUUCCGAUUCAAAUCAAAUUUACUUGUACACAUGAAGAUUCACACAGGUGAGAAGCCUUUCUCAUGUGUAACUUGUGGAAAAAGUUUCAUAACCAAAUCAAACUUACUUGGUCACAUGAAGAUUCACACAGGUGAGAAGCCUUUCUCAUGUGUGACUUGUGAAAAAAGUUUCAUAACCAAAGCUAAAUUACUUCGUCACUUGAUGAUUCAUACAGGAGAGAGGCCUUUCUCAUGUGUGACCUGUGGAAAAAGUUUCCCAUGGAAGUCUCAGUUAGUUGUUCACAUAAAGAGUCACACAGGAGAGAAGUGUUUCUCGUGUACAAGCUGUGAAAAAAGGUUUACCAGUAAAUUAAAUUUAACUGAUCACAUGAGGAUUCACACAGGUCAGAAGCCUUUCUUAUGUGGGACCUGUGGAAAAGGUUUCUAUCGAAAAUCAAUUCUAACUGGUCACAUGAGAAUACAUACAGGUGAGAUGCCUUUCAAAUGUACAAGCUGUGGGAAAAGUUUCAGAAACAGUAGUUGUUUAUAUUGCCACAUGAAGACGCAUACAGAUGAGAAGCCUUACUCUUGUGGGACCUGUGGAAAAAGCUUCCGUCAAAAAGGUAAUUUAACUAUUCACAUGAAGACUCAUACAGAUGAGAAGCCUUUCUCGUGUGGGACCUGUGGAAAAAGUUACAAACACAAAAGCAGUUUAAUUGGUCACAUACACACACAUUCAAAUAGGAAUMAUUUCUUAUGUGGGACCUGUGGAAAAGGCUUCAGUUAUCAGAGAAAUUUAACUGAUCACAUGAAGACUCAUACAGGAUGAGCAGCAGAAUCUGACACUCAAGUGCCAAAACACAACUCAGUUUGGAAUCAGAGUAAUUACAGCUGAGUAACAUUUCUAUAAUGUUGGAACUUGGAGAAGAAAAGCAUUUAAAAUAGGAAGUUUAUCUAAAACACUAAACGUUCACUUUAUUCUGUCAGUUUUAUCUUUUCAUUUAAAAUGAUUAAAUGAGAUAGUAAGUCUUAUGAAGUUAUGCAUGCAUUUUAAUGUUUUUUUUUUGUCUAGUGAGAUAUUAAUAGUCUAUCUGGAAGUAACAAUGGAUAUUUGGAUUCUUUCAGAUUUAGACUUGUAAAACUGUCAUUGUAAUAUUUGUACUUAUACUUUGUUUUACUUCAUUUAUUUUGGUUAGAGGAUGUUUGGUUACGCCUUUUUAGGCGUAACCAAAUUAAAUCAGGUGWUGUUCUGCAGCCAUUUAGAGUACAUGCAAAAGCUUGGUCUCUUUAUCAAGAURAGCUAAAUUUUCUAUUUUUGCAUUACAAAAUACUUUAUAUUUAAGUAGUUUGUAGCCAUUAUGUUUGUAACACAAGAGUUGAAAAAAUUUGUUAUUCUAAUUUGAAUCUAAAUAUACUUUCAUUACUUUCCCCUGAGUUUCUGAUUCAGGGAGAAAAUACUGUUGAUUGUAUGAUGGCAACAAUUCAGAUGUUGCUGAAUUUUGCCAAGUUAUAAUUAAACAUGAGAUGUUUUCCUUA